AUGAGGUCGGCGCUCUUCGUCUUCGUCCUGAUAGCAGUUUUUGGAUCACUUGCCGGCCGAAAACUUGAGCCCCGGCAAGCACCACCGCAGCUGCCUCCUCCUGCACCUCAAGCCCUCGGACUGCCGCCGAUACAACCUCCUCCAAAGCCAGAGGGGGGAGGGCCGAAUACUCUCCCACCCGUUGGCAGCAGGGGAAUCGGCACCGUGGUCGUCGAAUCGGUCCCCGGCCGGAGUGGUGGAGGUCGGGACGCUGGCACAUUUGUCAAUGCCGGUGGCGAUCUCAAUGGCGGCGGUGGGGCUUCCGGUGACAUCAAUCUUACCGUCUUGAACUUCGCAUUGACGCUUGAGAAUCUUGAGGCGCAGUUCUACCAGGAUGCCUUGGCUAUCUUCCCCGUCCAAGCCAUGCAAAAGGCCGGCCUCAGUGCCUUCCAAGCAACGGCCAUCACUCAACAGAUGCAGCGACAAUUAGCUGAUGAACAGUCGCACGUUCAGAUCCUGCAAGCGGCCAUCCAAGCCGCAGGCGGGACGCCGUUCUCUGGGUGCCAAUUCAACUUCCGCUCGAUCCUGACGGAUCCCAUCACCUUCCUGGCCUCCGCCCGGUCGAUCGAGGCCGCCGGCGUGAGUGCCUACAUGGGCGCGGCAUCCAUGAUCUCACAGAACGCCGUCCUUUCUGCAGCAGUCACCAUCCUUCCCGUCGAAGCCCGUCACUCUACCCUCCUCAAUGUGUUCUCCGGCGGCAGCGCUUCGCCUCAGGCCUUCGACCUCCCCCUCUCUCCGCCUCAGGUCUUGGCAAUCGUCGGCGGCUUGCUUCAAAACUGCCAAGCUUCUGACCUUGGUCUCACUGCCAAUCAACCCCUGAGCAUCAUCGAUGGCUUGACACAGAGCACACUGUUUACGGCAGGAUCGAUUCUGCAAUUCCAAACAUCAGCACAGGUCCAAAACCUGGAAGCGAACACACUCUCAUGUCAGAUGCUCGUCGGGGGCAUGAACACUGCGCUGGUCAUGCCGGCCUCGUCCUGUAUCAUCCCAGCGCAAACAUCCAAUGGCCCGUUGAAUGGAAUGGUGGCCGUUUAUCUGACCUCGAAUGCCCAGCCCCUAACAUCCUCGUUGAAGGGACAAGCACAAAACGUGGUAGCUGGGCCGGCGCUCAUCUUUGUGGACUCCAACAAGGAUGAAGUCCUGAACAAGGUGUUCAUCGUCAAGGGCUUGAACCUGAAGAGUCUUCCGACGGCCAACCUAGCCUCGGCAGCUCUGACCCCACAAGCGUCGACGGCGACGGCCGGGCAACAGGACAACCAGGCCGGCACCGGCGGCACUGGCGCUGCCGCCCGGAACGUGGACACCAGCAAGAAGGCGAGGAACGCAACGGCGGCUGCAGCCCCAGUGCCGGCGCGUAAGUUGCUGCAGACCGAGCCCACCGAUGCCUCCAAGAGCGGCGUCAACCCGGCGUUGCUCGGCGUCUCUUGGUCCGCCAUUCCAAACGGCGUCGUCCAGAAUCCUUCCCAGCCCACAUGA